AUGGCCAACAGCAUAUCCUCGGAACCCGUCCGGGCCCCUUCGCCGCAACGUGAUGGUCUGGUGGUGCGCAAAGUGUCGCGAGCACUGGGUCUUCUGUCUCAACUGGCCAAGAAGCCAAAUUGGUUCGUGCGCCUGUUCAGAGCUGUUUUUGGGUACAGAAAGACCACUCUCACGUUCUUGGUAUUGGUCACAUUGCUUAGUACCGUUUUAGUAUCGUAUUUCGACAAUUCUUUGGAGUAUUCAGUAGAUAUGCCCAGAUCAGAAAGAGAGAAGGCAACCUUAGACUAUUCGUGGUCGGUGCUACAGGAAAUAGGUAGAAACGAACAUACGUAUACGUCUAAACACAACGACGAGGUCCAUGACUAUUUGGAGCUGCAGAUCAAGAGCUUGGUCAAGGCAGUUCCCUACGCAGAGUAUGAUAAUGACUUGAACUACACCAAUAAUCUCAUGUUCCAAGUCAAGUACCUCAGCUACGACUCAGUGUCUUACUAUGAGAGUAACAAUCUUCUUGUGCGUGUCAAUGGUCUGGACUCAACAUUGCCAGCGCUCUUGUUGAGCUCCCACUUCGACUCGGUGCCUACUUCCUACGGCAUUACCGAUGAUGGCAUGGGUGUAGCAUCCAUGAUGGGAGUGCUUCGCCAAUUGUGUAGUAAGGAUUCGAAACAGCCCCGGAGAACCAUCAUUUUCAAUUUCAAUAAUAAUGAGGAAUUUGGUCUCUAUGGCGCUAAGGCCUUCCUUUCACACCCUUGGGCAAAACAGGUCAAGUACUUCUUGAACUUGGAGGGAACUGGCGCAGGCGGCAAAGCUGUACUCUUCCGUGGAACCGACUAUGGCAUCGUCAAUCACUUCUCCUCGGUGCGGUACCCUUAUGCCAACUCUUUUUUCCAACAAGGCUUCAACAAUCACUUGAUUGCAAGUGAAACCGACUAUGCUGUCUACAAAGACAUUGGUAACCUUCGUGGUCUUGAUUUGGCCUUUUUCAAGCCUCGUGAUAUUUACCACACCGCAGGCGACAGCAUCAAGAAUACCAAUGCUCGCUCAUUGUGGCACAUGUUAUCCAGCACCUUGGACUUCACUAAGCACAUUUCCGCUGCUAAGAUUGAUUUGGAUGGCGAGGACUCGGAUGCAAGCAAAGACUUUGCUUCGUACUUUUCAUUUAUGAACUUGUUCUUCUCUGUGCCCAUUUCGCAAGUUGUGAUUAUCAACAUCGUGUUCUUGGUUGUCGUACCAAUCGUCAUCCUUUUCCUCUUGACGGUGGUCGUGCAUUACAAGAAGGGCUGGGAUGUGAAUCUUCUCAAUGUAGUGAAGUUCCCAUUGUCGUUCUUAAUCUCGCUGACUUUGUUGAGCUUUGGAACAGAUGUUGUCUUGGUUCCCUUUAAUCCAUUCGUAGCCAACAACUCUGUCGAAAUGUUGAUUUUAGCUUUAUUCUCUGUCUUCAUGCUUUUGAACUAUUGCUUCUUGAACUUGUUCAAUCUUGUCUUUAAACCAUUCAAGGGUCACCAACACGAUGAGAAACUCGUGUUGUUGUUGGAGAGUACCUUGUUGUCAUGGAUCGUUGUUCUCUGGUCCACUGUUAAACUCGCUCACAACAGAAUAGGCGACGACCAUACAGGCGAGGGCCUUCUAGUUAUCUUGUUUGGAGCACAAGCUGUGGCCUCUAUAUUUGGUUUAAUCGGAUGGAGUUUUCAAAGAUCAAAGCGCUCCAAGCCCUCUCGCAGUGGCAACAAUGCGGAUUAUCUGCCAUUGUUGGGAUCCUCGUCCAGCGCUCAAUAUGGUGCACACGACAACACUUCCAUCGAGGACUGUUCCUCUCUUUCAUUGCACUCGGAUGACGUUGAAUGCCCUACUGCUCAUAAGAAGUCCUUCUCAUAUGAUUGGUUGAUCCAAUUCAUCGUGAUGGUACCCGCAUCAUCUUUCAUAAUCUUCAACUGGGGAUACCUCAGCAUUGAUGGAAUCCACAAGUCCAUUCAAGAAUCGAGCCGCAUGCAAGGUUUAAUUUACAAGUUUAUUCAGCUAUUCGUCGCUGCUUGGGCUUUGCCAUUUAUCCCAUUCGUUUUUAAAUUGAACCGUAGCAUCGUGUUCAUCUUCAUUGCUCUUGCAAUUUCAGGUCUCUUAAUCGUGGGCACGAAAACCCCUUUCGAUACCUCCAAUCCACUUAAACUCCGGUUCUUGCAAACCAUCGAAAUCGGCUCCAACUCAGUGCAGAAUCUCAUCACUGUUAGCGGUAGACUGUCGGAUCUCACUAAGGAAAUUCUAUCAGACAUACCAUCCAUAAAAAAGAGUGAACACAAAGUUAAAGAGCAAGAAGUGGGGGAUGGCAUGCUGAUCUACUCAUGGAACUCGACAUUAACUCCUCAUGUUGUCCCGGGAGUCGACUCUGUUAAGGACUAUUUGCAAGUGGAAGUUUUGAAGAACUCGUCCUCUUCAUCAGACGCACCUUUUGGUCUCUUGACAGGAGAACUUCGUAUCACUGCUCCAAAAAACCGGAAUUGUAAGCUAGCUUUCAAAAACUCACAUAACUCCGUGAAAAUAUCCUCCGAGAACCCAGAAGAGAAUUCUCCAGUGAGAACCGCAAUUGUGUACAACAGCAAAAAGCCCACCAACGAGACGUAUAUGUCCUCAGGAGGAAUUCCAGAGGGCUUCUCCAAGGACCACAAUGGCAACUAUUUGUUCAAAAGCUCCAAGGGAAUUAGAGAAUUGCAGUUGAAUAAACUCGACUGGGACGCUCCAUAUCAUCUUUCGAUGCAAUGGGUUCCUGAGAUUGUUGAGUCUUCUACUGCUCUGUCUCGCAUUAAUGUCCUCAAACUCGGGAUUAAUAUCGAGUGUUAUUGGAGCGAGUUGGGUUCUGUUUCUGAUGGAAAGAAGAAUGACUUCUCUGUGUUCGAAACAGUGCCAGCCUACGAAGAGUUGUUGCAUUACAGUCCAAACUUUGUCUCCUGGAGCAAUCGCGACCGAGGAGUCGUUUCAGUGAAGCGUUACAUCGAGAUUUAA